AUUACAAUAUUAAAAUUAAAAAUACUGUGUAAUCAGUUAUGCAGUUCACUACUGGAGAGUCUAUUUAAAGUUCUGAAACAUUAUGCCUCUGUUGGACAUGGCUGCGUAAGAACAUUGCGUGUAUUACGUGAUCAGAAGCAUCGCUCUAUAUUUAUCAAAUCAUGGGGCUUGCUGCGCUGCAUGCUCGUGCAAAAGAACGCCCACCAAAGGACAUACAACAUGAUGCUGCUGAGACUCCAGACCCCCUAACCCUUCACCUCCUGUAGACCAGGGUCACAGCUGAAGAAGCACAGGUUAUAUUGCACCCUCCAUAUCAAAAUGGAAGACUUCGAAUACAGUGUGGAGAUCUGUGACCGUGACUGGGAAUGCUUCUUUGAGGAGUGCGAGGAGUGUAACCUGCUUCCUCCUUCAUUAGCAGGCGUGGAUGACUCGGGAAUGAGUGACAUUGAUGAUACAGCAUCCAUUCUUGCUAAGAGGGUUCAGAAAGUCGACCCAACAGCAGGCUUUACAGAGGCUGACCGCCUCAUCGACGGCCCCCCAGACUGUGAGGGCUCUCCUGUGGAGCAUUACCUCGGCAAACACGGCGUCGGUGGAAUGGAGAGCGUCCUGUCUGGCAGUGAGGAGGAUAUACACCUGCAGUCUGUCAAUAUAUUCUUUGAACGGCUGAAAAAUGUUACAGAGGCUGAGAGGCUUACUGACCCGAGCCAAGUGAGAGAUGGAAAAAACAGAGAGGCAAUACAGAAGGAGGAGUGGUGUAGUGAUGGGCAACAAGCCAGCUGCACUACUUUGCCAAAAAACAUCCCCAAGUUAAACUAUCUGCCUGCCAGGGGUGAAACAGCAGUUGGCAAAGAGACCACAAAGCCUGUCAACACCAUCAGCAACAUAAUGAAAACAGUGAAAAAAGACGAGCCUGGUUCCAACAUUUCCCCUGAACCUGCAGUAUUCAUCAUAGAGAGAGCCUGCACCGAAACCAGAGUAAAUGAGGCAGCACAGCAGAGACAGUCGCAUGAAUCACCGAAUGGGGUUGAAACAACAACUCACACUGACAAAACGAUAAAGGUGGAAAUUGGCACACCUCUGGAUGACGUUAAGCAGGAAGACUUGCUGACAAGUCAGUUAAUGCUUGGUAAAAAGUGCAGCACCGAAUCACGGAGUAAUGUAGAAAUGGUCACAAAUGUUAAAUGGAAGGAAGACCCUAAUGUUUUACAGUCAGAUGUAACAAGCACAAACAAAACGGCGAGCCAAGAAUUGUCUCCUUCUGGCUCUAUCAGACGGAGGAGGAGGAAGAAGAGGCGACUCAGUGUUGAGCCAGCUGAGUGUGUGCAUGGAUAUGAGAGACAGACUGACUCAGAGAAAGAGCUAUAUGCAUGGAGAGGAGGAAUCGGUCUGUGUGUAUCCGAGGAUACAAAUUUAUUUGAUUUAAAUGAACCACAGAAAAAUGUUAUGUCCUCUUUAACUACAUAUUCUGCCACCAGCAAUCACCCAGUGAAGAUAUCUGCUCAGGACCUAAGAGUAAAUGAUCUUUCUCACUACAGUCCCCCAUGUUACAGUCAAUACCAAUAUUUACCAGAGAGCAUAGACAGACAGGGAAGGUGUAAAGCAACAGGCUCGGCUGAAAAUAAUGCAACUUACAAUCGGUCGGUAACCCCACUGAGUCAAAGUGAUGAUAGUGUAACGUUAGCACAAAAUAACAGUGGUAAUGUGGCAACAAAUAUACUGUCAUUCAGCACAUUACAGGUAGAAGAAUCAACGGGACUGAAUACACAUCCUGUGUUGCCAGUUUCAAUUACUGACAGUGUAACUGGUAUAUCAGACCUGACUACAGAAACAGCAAACUGUGGAAGAGAGGACACUCAUGCAGAGAGUCUUCAUCAUCCUAUAAUUUGUGGUGAACAUGAACAAAAUCCAGAAUCUUGUACAGCAGAGGUCACAUCACUAACUCCCAGUAUUUUACCAAGUGCAGAGUCAAAUGAUCCCGCAGUGGAAGUCAUCCAAAAGGACAAACUAUCCGCUGCUAAGUCAGUCCUGGCUGUAGAGGCUGGAACUCCUGGCAGAGACAACCGCACACUGUGUCAAAAAGAGGCUGAGCCCCAACAACAACUGGAAUUUGAAUGUCACUACACAGACCAAUAUAGCUCUACACUGGAAAAGACUCACUUUCCCCUGUCUACAAAUCAUAUGAGCAGUUCUGACACUCACAACUCGGAGCCGAAGCAAUUCAAAACUACAGCCAGUCCAUUCUUAGAGGUGAUUUCCACUGGAGAGGACUGUGCUGAAUUACCAUUAGAUACCAGCAAUUCAUUGACGGAUAAAUGCUGUCUCUCUGGAAGUAUUAAUAUUACAGCGGAGCAAACAAAACCUCCUCUGGCGCUUCACGCAUUAUCAGAAUUUUAUGUUUUGUCAGAGAAAAACACAACAGCUGAGAGAGCUGAAUUAGCAGGAUCACAAAUAAUGGCUCUUCAUAGUGGGAAUCCAUAUCUCUGUGGUGAAAUUAAUCGAACAGGCAAAAGUCGGAGAGAAACCAAAACGUCCAUGUCUGAAGAUUUACCAACAAGUCUUCCAGAUGUUACACCAGUAUCAUCCUGCUGUACUCUGGACACAGAAUCUGUCAUGUCACUCUCAAAUGAAAAUAUCACAGACGUGUCAGGGAGUUCUUGUAUAUCUGUCAGUCAGAAUGACUUUAGAGGUCAAGGAGAAAAAACAUCACUAAUACUGGCAAAACAUGAGGAAGGAGAUGACACAUUUGGACCCAAAAGCCAGUCUGACACAACAGAUUCAAAAUGUGAUUCAGUGGUUGAAGCAGAAGAUGCCAUCACAGCAUCUAAAGCAGGAUGUGAACCUGAAAAGGCACCAGAUGCAAAACAUUCAGUGUUCGCUAUGUCAUCUUUUUGGAAUGAGAUGGAGAGGCUGACAAUAAAUGAUAUUCUGGGUUUACGAAUGAUCAGCAAAGCUACUCCUCCCAGCUCUCUCACACCUUUACAGGAAAGUGAGGAGACUGAGGUGUCUGAUAUGACGGAUUCAGGCUUUUUUACUCAACUGGAUGAGUCCAAGUUUGAACAAACCAAUGAUACAUACAGUGAUCCUAACUCUGUAGAACCGAGUUCAGGUUUAGGUACGACAUUCAAGUCUUCCUCUUCAAGAGGUGUUAUGUGGGAGAGUGAAUCCACUCCAGUGAGUCUAGGUGCUGAUAUUUACACUGAGAACAUGAUGUUGACAUCUGUUAGUAACAUUUCCCAACCGGUCCUCCCUGGAAGUGCUCAAACAUGCCUCCGAAAGAUUUGUAAAAAUGUAAGCGUGCACAAUCUACAUGCCCUGGAGACUAUCAACUACACAUGGAAAGGCCAAACUUUACAAACCUUAGACAAAGGAGGAGAAUUCGAAAAAGUAAAAGAGUAUUUCACUGAUGGAGACAAGCAAGACAAAGACGUUGACUGUUUGGCUCCAUCUUCGACCGACAGCUACAGAAUCUCUCUCACAGAUAUAUUUCAGUACCUCUUUGGUGGAAUACAAUCGAAUCGAAGCCAACCAGACACAGAUAACAUAACCACCUGCUACAUUGAUGGAAAUUCUGUCCCUGAAACUUAUGAUCAUUUCUUCUCAGAGUUUGAUACAGAAACCUUCUUCUACCCUCUCAUCACAGCAGAAGAUCAGGCCAAAGAUGAGCUGGUUCCUAUCUUUUCCUGCUCUCGCUCAGCUAAUCUGCAGUUCCCUGAGGCUUAUGAUUACUUCUUUGCAUCUUCUUCUUCUGAUGAAGAAUCUGAUGAAGAAGAUACCUGCGGCCCUGUGAGGGUGGUGAACAGGUUCAGCCGUACACCAAGCGCAUCUAAGAUUUCUGAUGUUUAUGAGAAUUUCUUUACAGAUGGCGACCUCAAACAGAAUUUCUUUUGGAAAAACACACUCUCCUUCAGGAAUUUUAGAUUUACUGGAUCUACAGUCCAGAAGGAGGCUCUCUCAAACACUCUUGUACCUGUGAAGCAAAGUGGCAGAUCCCUUCGAAGGACAGUUCAUCCCAUAAAUGCUCUGGGAAAUCAAGAUGUGAUGUUUUCUGAUCCACUUCUCUACCACCUGGAGGAAAGGAUCUCCAGACAACUAGAGCAGCAGCCUUUCAGAUACGGGGACUUAGAGAUGGCUGUUUCAAAUCCAAGGUUGGAUGCCUCUCUCCUGCCUCUCAGACAGUCAGACAUGUGCCUAGUUUGUAUUGCAUUUGCUUCGUGGGUGCUGAAGACUGCGAACCCACAAGUUGGAGAUGCCUGGAAGGCUGUUCUGCUGGCGAAUGUAAGUGCUCUGUCAGCCAUCCGAUACCUGCGUAAAUACGUCAAGAUAGAGGCAGCAGCUGGUGAAAAGAAACUUAAUUACCCUGCCCUGACUGAUUCUUGACAACUCUGCCUCUAAAUACGUCACGACUAAAAUGAAAAAAAAUUCCAAGAGCACCUGAUAUGAGUCAGUGCAGGACCUCAGUCCUUUGAGGAAUUUGUCAAAUGUUUGAUGUGCUGUUACAUGUUUGCACUAUAUGCUUUAUUAAUCUUAAAUUUUAUUAAUCUCUCUUUUGGUAGGUACCGGGAAAUUGUUUAAUUUAAUAGCAGUUGUUUUGCUCCUUGCUAAUUAAAUUGUUAAACAUUUUAAUGUGUGAAAACAUCAGUAUGAAAUAUGAAACCACCACAGUCAAGAUGGGACUUGUGUGUAUUCAUCAGAAAGAAGGCUUUAGACAUUUGUAAAUAAGGUUUCAGUAUGUACAAUAGGAAGAUUAGGAGCAGGUUUACUCAGAGCUGUACAGAGUUUAGAUGUAAGAUGGACAUGAUAAAUGGAUUAACUUGAGGCACGUGAAGAGUUUAGGAUGAUGCUGUUUGAGCCUAUUUGUUUCCAUCACAUUAUAUUUAUUUGGCAGAUGCUUUCAUCUAAGGCGACUUAAGCAUGUUAAAUGUUUCCAAUAACAAUAUUUGAACAUAUUUUAGAAAAUAAGAUCAUAUAAGUAACAUGUGUUGGAAUGUUUUCCAAAAUUUAACAAAACACCUUUACAGUAGUAUAAUUUAUUUGAGGGACUGUAUUCUGUGCCAGUAUCAGUUUUAUAUGUAUGAAGGGCAUUUUAUUUUCAUGAUGGAUCAUUUAUAUAUGACUGUACAGUAUUUUGUCAUACGGGUUGCUCUGUGAGCUCUUGGUGUCUUUCAUUUUAACUACAGUAAACAGCAUCUCGGAGA